GGUCUCAUGUUGCAUAUAUAUGUAUGAGGACGUGAGCAGCAAAGAGAGGAAAGAACAUUGAACCAUCCUCUUUCAACCUUUUCCUAACUAAUUGGAAAUAACUAAAGAGGAGGACAACAGGAGAAUGGAGGGAAGUGGGAUAUUUUUGAUUCUUCUGACUGCGAUUCUUCUGCUUGUCUACUUCCUGAAACAGCAGUGGUCACGCCGACAUUUCCCGCCUGGGCCUCUUUCCCUUCCUGUCAUUGGAGGCAUAUGGAAAUUUAACUUUGGAAUUGGAUACACUGUAGAGACACUAAUAAAGUUGGCAGAACAAUAUGGAGACAUUUUUCUUUUGUGGGCGGGACAUAUACCAGUUGUAAUUUUGUCUGGCUUUGAAGCUGUGAAAGAAGGACUGAUUGAUCAUUCGGAAGACUUCUCAGAGCGGCCACUGACUCCAUAUAUUACAGCUAUAUCAAGACGAAAGGGUGUUGGACUUUCAAAUGGACAUACCUGGGAGCAGCAGAGGCGGUUUGGCAUAGUUACAUUGCGGAAAAUGGGAGUAGGGAAAAAAAGCAUGGAGGGCCAAAUAGAAGAGGAAUCCCAACAGCUUGUAGAGGUUUUUGCACAUGAAAAAGGGCAGCCAUUUGAUCCUGCAUUGCCCAUCACAAAUUCAAUCUCCAACGUGAUAUGUGCCAUAUCUUUCGGAUACCGUUUCCCUCUUGAAGAUGAAACCUUCAAGGAACUGAUUGAUGCUGUGACAUUUACCUUAAAAUUUGGAGGAAGUCUUUUUUAUGUGCUCUAUGAAAUGUUUCCAUGGCUCAUGAAGCAUCUUCCAGGGCCUCACAAAGAGGCAUUGCGUGCCACAGAGAUGCUGCUUUCAUUAGCAAAGAAAGAAAUACAGAAACAUAAGAAGCAGAUGUCCUUUCAGGAGCCACGGGAUUUCAUUGAUUUCUACCUGCUUGAAAUAGAGAAAAGGAAGAAUGAUCCUACCUCUACAUAUGACGAAGAGAACCUGGCUCAGGAUAUUCAUGACUUAUUUGUUGCUGGAACAGAAACAACUGCCACUUCUCUGAAAUGGGCAAUCCUCCUUUUGGCAAAUCAUCCAGAUAUUCAAGAUAAAACCUAUAAGGAAAUAGAAGAUGUGUUGUGCUCCUCUUCCUUCAGCUAUCAAGAUCUGAAGAAGCUCCCUUAUACAAAUGCUGUGCUUCAUGAGAUUCAGCGUUCAAAAUAUCCCCUUUUAUUUGGGGUCCCAAGACAAACUGCCAAAGAUGUGAAGAUGAGAGGUUUUCUCAUCCCUAAGGGAACAGCCAUUAUACCAAAUAUACGCUCUGUUCUUCUUGAUCCUGAGCACUGGGAGUCUCCUAAAGAGUUCAAUCCAAACCAUUUUUUGGAUCAGAAUGGACAUUUUGUUGCUAGAGAAGAGUAUCUGGCAUUUGGUGCAGGGGCUCGGGCGUGUUUGGGGGAACAUCUGGCAAGGAUGGAGUUCUUCAUCUUCUUGGUCAACCUUCUGAGAGCCUUCCGUUUCCAGCUGCCUCCAGGAGUCAAAGAACUCAAUGAAGAUCCUACAGCAGGACUGACUACACCACCCCAUCCUUAUAAAGUGUGUGCUGUUCCUCGCUGUAUUUCAUCAUAAAACAUACAAAAAUAAAUGCAAUAACAUAUA